GAUGCCAUUGUAGACAAGUGCCCGCGCCAGUCGUGUGGCUAUAAAUGACAGCUUCUUCGGAGGUCGAUUGUCAUCCUUAGCUUGUGGAAGUUCCUUCAAACUAUCAUCGUCUGACAUCGUCUGGCAUCGUCUGAAAUCGUCUGUUAUUGUCUGGCAUCGUUUGGCAUCGUCUGGCAUCGUCUCUUAUCAUCUGACAUGGAGGCGGAGUCGACAAUGGAGAAGACUGCGUGUCUUGUAGCUUUACUGACACUCGCCACGCUGUGCUCAGCACAACCCAAGGAUAAAAUACGACAUGAAGAAACUAUCAGAGUUUCAGAUCUUCUGUUACGGCAGAUGUGCCAGCUGAACCCUAACUCACAUUUCUGUCUGAACAACACACGUGUCCCCACAGUUGACAAGCGAGACUUCAGUCAGGAUGUCCAAGGUGUGUCCACCUACAAACGACUUCGCCAUCGGGGAGCCGCCUUUGCUGGCGACACUGACACUGGUCCUGAUGUGGUGUAGAUGUCAACACCUACAUCAUCUCUACCUGAUCUGAUGACUACAUUAUUCAAUAUCGGUCAUCACCUGUCAAGAUAUCAUUUGGCAGUUGCAAUGUUGCAAUGGUCCAAGAAAAGAUGUCAGCAAAUACCAACUUUACUAAGUACAUUAAGAAGGUCUUGCAGAUAAUAAAAAAUGAUAUUGUCAGAAGUU